AUGUAAAAAUUCCAUUUGUUUCUAAUAGUUGCAGUGUUCAGUUGUGAUAUAGAUGAAGCUGCAAAAGCCUUCAAAUCUAAACAAAUUAGAGAUCCCAUAUUUCCAUACACAAAGAAUCCUUAUGAAAUUGUUGAUCCUAAUUAUCUAUAAAAGGUGUCGGAUAACUUAAAAGAUACCACUAGUGUGUGUGCUAUUAAAUAUGAUGACUACGAAAAGCAAAUGUAAUCAGACCUUAAUUUUAGAUAUCAUUUAAAACAAUUUAAUUCAAAGGAAGAAGCAGAAGAGAAUUAAUUCAUUGUGACUCAUUAAGGAAAAUGUGGUGCAUGCUCUACUUUGUAAGAUUUAGCUGUUUAUCUUACAACUGAUUUGACUAGACCAGUAAGAAAGUGUGGUUUAAUGUAUGGAUUGUCAUAACAUUAUCUAUUAAAAUGUAUCAAGGGAUUAGGAUUCACAGAUACAUGUGCUUAAGUUUGGUUGUACAACACUUUAAAUACAAAAAAAUCAUGUUUUUGGCCUUGUAUGUAAUAAAUUCAUCCUAAUUCUAAAAGUACAUCUUUUCUGACAAAUGAAGAUUUCGUAAAAAAUGGAAAGCUAAACAAAUGUUUGUAAUGUGACGAAGAUAUCUCUGGACCUAUAUUUAAAUAUGAAUCUGGAAGAACUAGACGAAACUCAGGCAUUAAAUCAGAAAUUGAUAGACCAGAUGAUUAAAUUUAUGACAUCACACAUUGUUAUUAUUGA